AUGGGGCUCCGAGGCAAUCUGAAUUCGAUCAUCCGAAUAUGGCUGGCAGUAAUUACCUUCCAGCACGGUCACAGCGAGAACGUCGAACCGAGGGCACUAGACUUAUCAGUACCAUGGCGACCGAUGCCUUACCAUGUGCCCCAACAGCAAUUGCAACAAUCGCAGCAACCGCAGCAGCUGAUCAGUGUUGCCAGCUUCGACACGACAAGCAAGGAUGAGUUGGUUCACAUCGCGCAGCACAAUGCACAGAUCCUGAAGCAAUUCAACCAACCGAUCGCCCAAUACAGCCAACACCCGCAGGGUGGCAUGAAGGUGCAGAUCACGACGCACCAGCAAGCACCCGGACCAGGACCGUCCGCGUCGGUUCAACAGCAUCAUCACCAUCACCAUCAUGCGGUACAGAGUGUUCCGGCAUCCUCGUUCGGACACACACCGGCCGCUCCACCCAAGUACAUGACCACGCCUCUGCUGCAGACGAUCUAUCCUGCGGGUCCGCACAAACAACAAUCAUCACCACCCCAAUCGAAACCGUUCGUAAAGUCCGAUCAAAUCACCACGCUCAACAUGGUGCACAGCUCGACGCCCAAGAUUACGGCCGCCAUUUCUACGCACGGUGCGGUCGGUGUCAAAUCGGCAAAGUUCAACGGGCAAUUUAGGGAUGUUGCACCGACGAUCGUACAAAAAUCGACACUGAAGCCGCACCCGGUCAUGAACAAGCUGCAGUCGCACAUGGCUAUCUCCGGCUUCCGGCAGAAGCAACCAAUCGCCACCAGCUCGAACCGGCUGGAGCAUUUCAUCAAUCCGAAUCACCUAUAUGGUACCUACAUCCAGUUCGGUCAAUCGCCUGCUCUUAGUCCAGCCUCUUUGCCACCUGCCAAGACGAAGUUCCUCAGCCAGCUUAACUCGGGAGUGCCCACGUUUGACUCACAAACCCUGAAGAGCUUUUUCAGCGCACCCGGCUACACUCCCGCAGUGGGACAGUUUAAAAAACUUAACUUCAUCCACCAGCAACAGACGCAGCAGCUUCAGCCUGGAGGAUCGGGAGCAAAGUUUUCGUUCCCACACUUCAACCAGAUCCCUGCUGAUUUGGCCGAGUUCCCGAAAAAAUACGUCACACCAUCGUCGGCGGAGAAAGAACUGAGCAAAACCGUCUCGGGCGGGAUCGACUCAACGCCGCUUUUCCCUCAUCUACCACCGAGCGUCCUUACGCCUUUCUUUCAGCAGGUUCAGCAGCAGCAACAACACAGCUCGUCUUCCUUCAUCUCUGGCAACAAGUACAACAGCUUCAAUCUGAAAACGCAACAACCGGCACCUCCAGUGUCGUCGCAAACGAGUUCUUCCGGUGCAUCCUCGACGAAACACGGCCUAUCACAGGGACAAUUCCAGUCCGAGCGCGAGUCGCUCAGUGCCUUCGGUGGACAGGUAUUCAGUGGAGGUGCUUUCGGAACCUACAGCACACAACAGCCGCUGCCCAUCGAGCAUAAGCCGUACGAGAUCGUAAAGUUCAAGGAGUCACCCGGCAAACAGCUUGCGACCAAAUUCAACGAAAUACACGACGAGUACAGCAAGAACUUGGUGCCACCGCCUCCGAGUACCCAGCAGGCGUUUUUGCCGACCGUUUUGAACCAUCUGUCCGAGUCAUCGCCGAGCAAGGACCCAAUCGAGAUCCUUAACAAGUACAACAUCAAUCCGCAUUCACCGUUGCAGGACGCUAAUAGGUUCAGCUAUGAGUUCCCUCGACCAACGUCAGUGUCGCAGGCAGCACCUACACCUCCAUCCACGGUCAGUACGAAAAGCACGACUACCACGACCCAAUUCCCGACGGCGACUACCCUGCCCAGGCAGCAGUACUACCAGCAUCACUACAACCAAUUCCAGUUUCCCGGCGAGCAAAGCUACCACAAUCAUCAACCCUCCUUGCCGGUUCUGGUAACGCCUGUCAGCGAGCUGAAUGAUGGCGGUUGGCUCGCCCGGGACAAAUACCUGACGACGGAGAAACCGAACGUGUUCAAGAACCUCUUCCGACCGCUGGAAAGCGAGUACAAACAGCACAAGCUGAUGCAUCCGUCGUACACCGGGCUUCCGCCGAACCGGCGGCCCUCAUCGACGGCCUCUUCCACAACCACAGCCAUUGCUGCCAGCGCGGGCGUCACCACCAACUCCCCGUGGGAUCAAUCGACAGAGGAACCAAUCAUAACGCACAGCUUCUUCACGAUCGAGGACGCGAUCGCUGACCCGACGCUGAUUCCGCCGAAAUCCAAGAACAAGUACAAGUACACGACUGACGCGGAGGAGGAAAACCGACAGGACGAUCUGCAGCUGGAAAUCGUCACCAUCGGACCGUUCAUCGGUUCCGAGGAGUCUCCGAUCCAGCAAGUGAUCACAACGCCAGCUCCGAGCCGAGGACACGGUUCCAAGGGCGGAAACGGACAACACCGCCGGAGACGUCCGAAACCACCACAGGGUAGCACCACGACGGAGUACACCACAGAGCAGGAGUCGACGGAAUCUACGACCAACGCGUUCGGAGGAGUCAACAAUCGCAACCGCGACCGCAUCCGGUUCCGACCGAAGCCCGUCACCACCGUACCACCGCCAAUCGCGGCCAUAGUGGAGACGGAACCGGCAACCACGAUCAUUCCGACACCGCCUCCAUUGCCGACGUUCGUGUCGAGCGAAGAAUUCGAUGGAACCGUGGUCAAGAAGUUCCGUAAGAAGCCCCAUUUCACGCGGAAUCGGUUCAAUGUACUUAGCCAACGUGAGGAGGAGAAAAUUCCGUUGUUCGAUCAAACAGAACCAUCGCUAGCAACACCGAUCGUGACCACGAGUUCGUCGACGACCACUGCGGCGGCGGGAGCAAACGUUCUGGUGGACGCACCGCCAUCAGUUUCUACCCUCGGAGGAGGUUUUCGGUCCCGCUACCGACCGGCACCAGCGGCCAAGGGAAAAGGUGAAUCCCAGGAAGACACUGGAGACGGCGUGAAGGUGGUCUCUCGACUUCCAAGCCGACUACCUCCAACGGGAGUCUCAUCCACGGUGACAACGUCCACCGACGCAGCGGCCGUGGCCGUCUUCAAUUCGGACGAAUCGAAUGUCAACUUCUCUGAGCCCCAGAACCGAACCCGCGGCGGCGGCGGCGAACUAAAUCGGCCACGUUUCAGCAUCAAGGAGUAUCGGAACAAGUUGAACCGCACCACUACGGUGAGUACGGCAACCCCGACGAGUACGGUUGGAUCACCGGUUGGUGAUCUGGAGACGACUACGGCUCCGAAACUGCGUUUCCCCACGCGCAACCGGUUCCUACUGAACGCGCGCCUAAACAAGACGGCCGAAUCGAACGAAAUUGCACCGACCGGUGCCGGUGCAACGACGGAAAAGAGUGCUAAUGAAACGACAACGCGAAGCUCGUUCAGACCGCACGGAACGCGCACCUACAAUCGAUUUACGGUGAAGAAACCCUCCACUGAGACACCGGCAGGUGCAUCGACGAAUGCGGCAUCCGGAACGCGUGGUCAAACGACAGCAGGAUCCAAUCUAGCCAACCGGGGCCGCACUAAGACGGCCUAUGAUCAGGCCGUGGCAGCCAACCGGACCGCUUCCGGUUCAACCUUCAACACGACGGCGUCACUCAUUAAUCGGCGACCUCCGAAGAUUACGCUACGACAGCGCAUCCAAAAUUACAACCGGAAGAAGGAGAUGGAACAAACUGCGGUAGCCGCGACCGGAAGCGCGGAUGACGAACCGUUGAAGCGCGAGGAAGCGUCCGAAAUCGCGUCAGUGGACCAGAAUAGUGUGCUGGCGUCGUCGGGAGAGCAGAACCGUCCGAUCGAUGAUCUGGGUUCGCUUGGGGAUCGCUUCGGAUCGUCCAAUUCCGGAGUGGACGACGUGACGACUCGUGCGAGUACGACCGAGGGCUACCGGCACCACGAGACGGCGAUCAUGAAAAUAUCGCCCAAGGAUUCAAACGGUGCCACAGCCACGAACGGCGAGGAUUACGAUCUGAACAGUGCCUCUUCGGAUUAUUCGAAGCGGGUAGUCGAGCUCACGCUGUCUGGGACGGGCAACAAGGACCGGACGCACUUUAAAUCCGUCAACAAGGGUCUGCUCUCGCGGAAAGUUCCAGGAUACUUCACGCUCGCCACCGAAGACCCGAUCCUACCGAUCGAAGCGUUUUUCCCGCAAGUCAAAAAACCGAGCGGUGGCCUAGCGUGA